AUGUCCGACGAAAUCAAGCACCAGCCGACGCAGUAUACAGCGGCGCCAGGCACUGAGCUUUUGAUUGAUCAAGAGCACUUCAGUUCUGUCCAUGACUACCAGCAUGUCGCUCAUGGUGACGGGCGAAUUAUUCUUGUCCCACAACCAUCGCUGAAAGACCCCAACGACCCAUUGUUAUGGAGUUGUCUGAAGAAGUGGCUUACUUUUGGCAAUGGUCUCUUCUAUGCCUUUAACGGAGCAGUCACUGGACCUAUGAUGGCUGGAGGAAUGGUCCAGCUCGCCACCUUCUUCAGACGUCCCCUCUCCGAUAUUACAUACAGCAAUGGAGCGACCUUGAUCUGUCAAGGAUUUGGUACUCUUCUUUGGAUGCCAUUGGCGGUUAAAUUUGGUCGCCGUCCCGUCUAUCUCGCAUCUAAUGCCCUCAUGGGUAUCGCCUGCGUCUGGCUAGCUAUUGCCGCCGAAAAGACCUAUCCCCAAUUCGUGGUAGCCCGUGCUUUCCUCGGCCUCUUUGAGGCCCCUAUUGAAGCCAUAGUUCCCAGUACCGUUACCGACAUCUUCUAUCUGCACGAACGAGGAGAGAAGAUUGCCCUAUACGGACUGUCUGUGCUCGGUGGUAACGAACUCGGUCCUCUGGCUUCCGCAUACAUUAUUCAGUCGCUGAGUAUGCGGUGGGCAUUCUUUAUCACUGCCAUGUCUAUUGGUGUCAGCUUGAUCAUGAUGUUUUUCUUCAUGCCGGAAACUAUGUUCACUGGCCCUCGCCCGAAGAUUGUGUCCGUCAUUGCAGAAGAAACAAAUAAGAUCAACGAGUCAGAAGGCAAGCCAUCCUGCGAGCACGUCGACGGUGAUACCUCUAUGAAUACUGUGCCAAGGGAGCUGGAGUCGUUGACCACGAAGAAACGAUCUUACAGGAAUGAGCUCUUCCAGGUCGGUAUCAACCAUGAUAUCAGUUUCUGGCAGAUAUUUAAACGACCUUUUAUUUUGAUGGCUUAUCCGACUGUGGUCUGGUCAAGUAUCGUCUAUGGAAUGAGUCUGAGCUGGAACGUUAUUCUGGGAUCUCUUGUCGCUCAACUAUUUGCACCACCGCCAUACUUUUUCGCUUCCGGUGCCCAAGGUCUCGUCUUUAUAUCCCCUCUCCUCGGCUCUCUCGUCGGCACAUAUCUCGCCGGUCCUCUCGCCGAUCAAAUCGCUACCUGGUUCACAGCCCGUAACUUAGGUUUUCGCGAGCCCGAAAUGCGUCUCCCCACCUGUAUCGUCGCCGCCUUCCUCACUUUCGUUGGCGCCCUGAUAUCCGGCCUCACCUACCACUAUCAGACGCACUGGGUUGGUCCUAUUGUCGGGUUCGGGGUUUUAUCCGCUGGCGCGCAGAUGGGAGCGACACUUGCCAUCUCGUACAGUUUGGAUUGUCACAAGGAGCUGUCGGCGGAAAUUAUGGUGACCAUCUCCUGCCUCAAAUCUGGCGUAGCUUGGAUCUGGACCUGGUGUAUCAACGACUGGGUUAGUUCAAGCGGCCUCUUGACUGUGCUUAUGUCCGUGGCGGCUAUUAAUGUGGCUGUUUACAUGACGACGUUUAUUUUCCAUUUGUAUGGGAAAAAGAUCCGGAUCUGGCUGCACAAGAAAAACUUCAUGGGCGAGGAGUCAGAACGGGAGUAA